CAAGAAUGAAUCUAGCAAUGAAUGACCAGAUUUUGAGACACCUUUAUCAAUACUGGGUAUAGAGGAGUUUAUAUAUAUAUAUUGAAGAAUUGAAUAUUGUAUCUUUUUAAAGAACAUAUUGUCGUCAUGGCGGAAUCUGUGGGCAGAGAGACGCUCGAGACACCGAUCACGAUCCUGUUAUUAGGGGAUGCAGGAUGUGGGAAAUCGACCUUCCUAUCAGGACUUAAGAAUAUCCGACCAAGAGGGCCGGGAACAUCCAAUACACAAGUCGAGAUACUUCGGGAUGGUGACCAGCCCUUUGUGUACGAUAUAAAUUUCUCCAAGAAGUCAUUUACGCUCGAGAUUUAUGAUACUGCAAGUCCGAACCAGCAUUGGUCUACUCUUCAGCCUGACGUGGUGCUUUUGGCCUUUGAUAUCUCGAAUCGCGAGACGCUAGAUGGUCUAAAGAGGUGGCGAGCCGAUGUGAUUCGAUACUUCCAGCGUGGUGCUGGUGAACGCAUCCCGGUUAUGAUGGUGGGUUUGAAGCGAGACCUGAGAGCUCCGGGAGAAGGGCUUAUUUAUCCAGAAGAAUCAUACGGAAUAGCGCAAGAGCUUCGGUGUGAUCGCUAUGCGGAAUGCUCUGCUGUGACUGGGGAGCUUAUGGCGGAGACAUUUGAGGAUUUAGCAAGGCUUGCAUUUAUGACGACUACAGAGGCUGGGGGGCAAUCGAAGGGGGGUUGUGUGAUUCUUUAA